CACUUUUAUACUCUACAGACAUACAGGGGUUUGUUUUAAAAUAAAUAACAACGUGACAACAGAUGAGUUACUACUUCUUGUAUUUCCAUUUGUGCCUUUUAAUGGAAUCCUCGGACGCUGACCUGGUUUCUAUCUCUAACAACAAAACAGGUGCACUGGUGUCCGCUGACAGGGGGAGGUGAUGUGGUCUUAAUGUGGUCGCUACACUAGAGGUGAACUUUGCUAGCCGGAUCAUGCUAACAGUCGCAGCAUAGAGAGGCAGGAGACGUCUGCAUAUAGUCUAUGGUAGCGACACUGCGGUUUGAACUUUCUUUGUUAAGUUACUGAUUUUGCUACUCGGUCCACAUUUUGGCAUUACAAACAUUACAUGUUUAAGCUGAAAAAUAAAGAAGACCAGCUAAAUAACUUACUGGAGUAAGCGUGCUAUCACAAGGCUGUCUGGCUGAAGAGGCUUUCCAGAAAGUUCUAUUUUGGACCUAAAGAUCAGAGUGUUUACUCAAGUUAGACUCAAACUUAACUUUGGCAGAUCGUCUCAAAUCAUGGAAAACGUGGAGCCUCCGAAGCUUACAAGAGUAGUCAUCUCCUUCAUCAGCCCUUAACAAGACUUCAAAGUCAGCGUUGGCUGAAUUCAAACAGUGUUAAAUCGGCUGCAGAGGGAGAGAAACUGGACUCUACCGGCUCAGCCUCCAGGUCGAAGAUGGAGUUAGCAGCGGCUCAUCCGGCGCUCAAAGCCUUCAUGUGCGGCUCUCUCAGCGGCACCUGCUCUACCCUGCUCUUCCAACCUUUAGAUCUGGUCAAGACUCGACUGCAGACCCUGCAGAACAAUGCUAAGCCGGGUGCACCAAAGGUGGGGAUGUUUAAGGUCCUGAUCACCGUUAUCAGGACAGAAAAUUUCUUCAGUCUGUGGAAGGGAGUUUCACCAUCUUUUGUGCGCUGCAUCCCCGGAGUGGGCAUCUACUUCAGCACCUUCUAUUCCCUGAAGCAGCACUUCUUCAUGGACCGGGCCCCCAAUGCUGGCGAGGCUGUUCUGCUUGGAGCAGGUGCCAGAGCUGUGGCUGGUGUCUGCAUGCUGCCAUUCACAGUCAUCAAGACCCGUUUUGAGAGUGGCUGUUACAACUAUGUGAGUGUGGCUGGAGCCCUGAGGAGUGUGUAUGAGACGGAGGGAAUCAGAGCUUUGUUCUCAGGGCUGACUGCUACGCUCCUCCGGGAUGCUCCGUUCUCCGGCAUCUACGUCAUGUUCUACAGCCAGGCUAAGAAGACGCUGCCUCAUGAGGUGGCCUCUUCGCCCUACGCACCGCUGGUGAACUUUGGCUGUGGCAUGGUUGCAGGCGUUAUGGCAUCGGUGGCCACACAGCCUGCAGACGUGGUGAAGACCCACAUCCAGAUCAGCCCAUCUCACUGGAGCACGACAGAUGCCAUCCGCUACAUUUACACUGAGAACGGCAUGGGAGGAUUUUUUCGUGGGGCUGUACCCAGAUCUCUGCGACGCACUCUCAUGGCUGCUAUGGCUUGGACUGUCUAUGAACAGCUGAUGGCCCGAAUGGGCCUCAAAUCCUGAAGAGCCACAAUAGGACAGGAUGAAAUGCGAAGGAAUAAUGAUAGACAAUAUUUUCUCACUGAAAGUUCCAGGAAAGCUGUCGAGGGAGUCAAGGUGCUUCAACCAGCAAUACCAAGAUUUUUUGAAAGAAGAACCAAGAGGAUAUAUGUCUGAGAAGUGAGAGUAAGAAUGGCGUGUGUUUGUGGGUAUUUGUGUGUGGAUUAUUGAUAUUUAAUUGUUUGUGGAAAUGUGCCUGUUUGUGUCUGUUGGUGUGGAAGUUUACACCUGAUGCACUCAUGUAAAUCUUGAACUGCAGUGACACUCCCUGCUGUGAAGUGAACUUACUCCCCCUCUUGCUGUUACGUUUUAAACCCUCUGAUGUGUGGCUAGCACUAAAAAAAUGUCUUCAAUAGGGGGCCUUUAUCUUUGCCGGGCAGCAAUAUUUCCUGUGAGAAACCUUUCUUUUUAAAAUGUUGUGAGGAUAAAUGGGACACUCAGCAAGCUGAUGUCCACCUGCUGAAUUAACCAACACCAAGCACCACAGAGCGAGGUGCCAUAUUUAUGAAACUUGCAUUAGAUUGAGCAAUGUUUCCUAAUUGCCAAUUAACACGCAGACUGAGAUGUUUUUUGUUUUUUUUUUAAGCUUGGACAAUCACGAGCACAUACAGAGCUGUAUUAUGGGAAUAAAAUCACAACAAAGCUGUUGUUGCCAUACUGCUAAAUAUAUAUAUAUAUAUAACUGUGGUGCAAUUUUGACUCUGCAUUACAAACCAGACACACUAUUUUAAUAAAGUAACAGUCAGUCACAUGAGGACUUAAAAAAAACAACCAAUACUCGGAUCAGAAAUAUCACUUCAGUCAGAUCAGGAGUUUGUGGAUUUUUAUGAGUUUUGUAAUUAAAAUGCUUAUUUUUUUAUAUUUUAUGAGGUCAAAAUAAGCAAUGCAGGAUGCUUUGUUUCCUGUGUUAAAGUAAGCACCUUAUUAUUUGACUUGCUUUCUGAAUUAGAAGACUGCAAGCACAUUUUGGGGGAAAAUUAGCUUGAGAGUGAAGUUUACCUUAAAACAUUGUUCUCCAUCUUUUAUAAAUGUUUAACAGAAUCCAUAUCAGCACUUAAGGGAUGUGUAAAUAGAUCACUUUAUCCUGGUUUUGUAAAUAUUUGACUCUACAGAAUUAGCCGCCAUGUUUUAUUUUGCUUGUUGAUGUGCCCUUUGGUGUAAAUCUAAUUUAUUAUAGAUGAUUUAAAACAGAGGAGUUCUAUUGAAAGCAGUUUUUGGAAAUAAAAGAGUUCACACAGAAGAUCUCAGUAGUGAUGAGUUAAAAUACCUUAAUUAAUAUUGGUCAUUCUUUUUCUAAAGCAAACAGGGAAGGUGUCACUACGUCUUGGUUGGAUGGUAGCUUGCUCACUGAAGUGUGUAUGACGAGGACGCUUCAGAUGCAAAAAAAUCAUUUUAGGACAUGAACUGAUUUCUAAACGUCUCAGUGUUUGCUGUGUAACACAAACUGUGUCUUUAAGUGUGCCCUUUAUGUGCCAUUGUACACACAUGGAGCUGAAAUAUCCUCACCUCAACACGACUCCUGUAGUUGUCAGUCCAAUGUUUCUGUGACUAUAUUGUAUAUGGUCAUUGUUAUUGUAAGUAUUUGUUCUGUGCGUGUGUUUGCUCAGACAGAUACUGUGCCUGCUCCUGCUUGUUUUUAAAGCCAAUAAAAUAACUUUGUUUUUUAACUAA